AUGCCUGCAUCACUGCAUAUUCCUGGGAUUCCCUAUAUGGGGUCCGGCAUCGUUCUCGGUCGCCUCAGCAGAGCCUCUGCUUUCCUCGCGCUUCCUCGAAGUCCUGUCAAGUUUCGCAGAAACAUCAGAUACCGUGAGCUUCCGUCAACUCCCCCUUCCAAGCUCCCUCGGCCCUGUGUUUCUGGUGCUCCGCACCGUCGACGAUUCCGAGCUGCUCCUGCAAGUGCUGUCCCCUUCCCUUCUAUUGCUCGCGCAAAGCCUGCCACUCCUCCCCCCUCUCCUCCCCGUUACUGUGUUUGGCCGACCCCUUCCAUGUCGAAGAACGGUGUUAGUCGUGCUCUUCUGAACCGCGUUCUUGAACCGGCUACCCCUCCUCCAUCCCGUAUUCCUGUUCGUGUGCCCCUGCGCUCUUGUAUCUCUUCCAUUCCCAGUUGCCCAGGCGCUCCCCGCAAGAAGGUUGGCUUUGCCAAUCCUUUGACCAGAUCCUUUGCCCAUGUCUUUCCCUCCCCUUCUCCCAGACCCUCCCGCCUCACCUUUGCCUGGCGCAACACUCCUGUAGCCCCGGCUCCUCCUGUACCCACGCGUCCUUCAGUGCUUCAAAAACUUGUCGGCAGCCGGAGUGCCAGCCCUCUUCGAAGCAUCCUUGUUCGAUCUCGGUCGGAUGAGGUCAGAGCGAAGAAAGGUGUUCGGUUCGGUGAUGUCGCUGUUCGCGAAGUUGAUUACUGGGUUGACCGAAAGGAACACGUCUUCUUCGACGGCGGCCUCUGGGCACUUGGUAGACUGCAAGGUUGGCGUGUAACCCCUCUGGAUACCCCUGACGAAGAUGGCGAGACCGAGAAAUAUAUGACUAUGUGGGGUCACGAUCACAGUUCCUUGUAUUAUCAUACCCAUAUGCCUCCCUGUCCUCAUGCUGGUUGUGUUUGGGCGAAGAUUUCCCGAAUGGCAUUGCAUUACAAGAGCAAAGGUAUUUAUCUCUUUGACGAUCAUGAAAAACUCUUGGCUCUUUGGAGUGAAGUGCGAGGGGUUGCACGAGACCGAGGCCAUUGGAAACUCUGA